UGCGCGAGGUGUCUGUCGGGUGAACGAACUAAGCAGGGUCCAGCCAUCAAGUAGCUGCGGGAUGGACCGCAGUUUCUCAGUUCUUUCUACCCAAGACAGCCCCUUUGGAGAUACUCUGGGUCAAAGCCAUUACUGGCCAUCCAAAAGCCAGACCUGGUGUCCCAAGCCCUUAAGCCCAUCCAGGUCUCAGAGAUCCAGUCUCCCACAGGCUCCCAAAGCUGCAAGCGAUUCCUCUGAGCUGUUAGAGGACUCCUGGCCAUCUAGUUCAGCGACCCCAUCCCCACCCAGCACUAAUGAUGGACAGAUGGGCACCUUGCCACCCACCCUGAUGGACAGCGAGGACUCUGUGGUGGCCAAGUAAAUAUCAGAAAGCCUCAACACUUGGAAGUCAUCCCUGCUGGACCUGGAGACACUGAGCCUACAAAGCAGAGCAGCCAGACUGCUCAAACGCAGCAAGGCCUCCAUCUCCUCCUCCUUCAGCCCCAGUGAAGCCAGCAGCUCCUCCUUCCCUGUCAGCUCCGAUGGCUUCCCUCCUCUCCCCAUGACUUUCACCCCUGACUCCAGCAAGGACUCUGGCCCCAAAGCACCUGCAACACCAGCUCCAGCCGCUGCCUCAGCCACCGCCUCUCCCUCCUCCUCCCGGGCACCCCUGCGACCUGAGGAUGACAUUUUGUAUCAGUGGAGGCAACGUCGGAAACGCGAACAGGCUCAAGGAGGCCAGGGCGAUGGAACAUGGGUGCAGCCCCAGCCCGCAGCCCCUACCGCUCUGGCCUCUCCUGCCCCUCAGACCUCCUUUAAUUCUGUGGGGACCCAGUCCAGCUGUGCUCCACCGUGGGCCAGUCUGGCUCAGGCUGGUCCCCCUGAGACCUAUAUAGAGAGACCUUUUGUGCCACCCGGGGCCUCUCCACACGUCCUCUGGGCCUCCAGCCCCCAUGGCUUCAUCUGGGCCCCACAGCCCAGUUCUUGGCCCUCCAUCCGUGGGCCCCCUGCUACCCACCAGGGCCCUCAUACCCCAGAACAAAGCAGCCCUGCUCAGCCCCAGAAGCUGAGUCCCGAGCCUUUGAGGACCAGAGCUCCCCGUCAAGAGGCUGCUGGGGGCAUCAAGACAACGGAUGAGGGACCUGGCCCGCAGCUCAGGGGGGCCCUGGGCCAGGUAGUGACCGCUCGGCUGUUCCCCAACAGCCCGGGGGAGGACACGCCUCCAUCGAAGGCCGAAUCUGUGAUUCGCAAGACUAGACCUUCCCAAGCCAAAGUCAAGCCCCCUGGACAAGAGGCCACGCCCUCUCCGCUUGACUCCCGAGCCAGAUCAGAGGGGGAUGCCCAGAGAGCCAAGGCCACGCCCCCCUGCGGAGGGCCGGAGCUCCGGGCAGGUAAAGCCACGCCCUCAGCGGAAGCUGCGGACCAGCCUGCCCCGACCUCCGCGGAGGCCUUCAAGGCGGGGACUCGGGGACCCGUUGCCACGCCUCCCGGUGGCCACACCCCCUCGGAGGAGUUACUAUUACAGGCCGCCCAACUUUUGCAGGCUGCAGAAGACUCCGACGGCAGCGAGUUUCAGGAGGACCCUGUGCUGCAAGUGCUGAGAGCUCAGAGGGCAGAGCUGCGACAGCAGAAAAGGAAAGUGGAAGCUCAAAUAUCCCUCCUGGUGUGCCACACUGAAGACCCAAGGCCUUGGUCUCCUCCAGCCAUAUCACCAAGAAGGAGGUCCCCAAGGAGGCUGCGGAGGGAAGGAGCCUCCUUCGAGGCCAGACGACUUUGAAUUGUAUAUAUUCUCUUUUGCCCAAUGAAACAUUUUUUUCUCAAGUCAAUCUCUAAGAAAUGGAUUUUGUGGAAAGGCCCAAGGGUUGUGCUAGCUUAAGGAAUUGUGUUGAUGCUGUCACCUCCUUUUCUUCCUAUUCCUUU